AUGAUUUCUUCUCUCCAGGAUUUCAAAACCUAUGUGGAUCAAGCUUGUAGAGCUGCAGAUGAAUUUGUCAACAUUUAUUACGAGACAAUGGAUAAAAGAAGAAGGGCUUUAACAAGACUUUAUUUGGACAAAGCAACAUUGGUUUGGAAUGGUAAUGCAGUGUCCGGGCAAGAAGAACUGAACAAAUUUUUUGAAAUGUUGCCAUCCAGUGAAUUCCAGGUUAAUGUGUUGGACUGCCAACCCGUUCAUGAGCAAGCUACUCAAGGCCAGACGACAGUCCUCGUGGUGACAAGCGGGACGGUAAAAUUUGAUGGUGACAAGCAGCGCUACUUCAACCAGAACUUCUUGCUGACAGCACAAGCCACACCUACCAACACAGUGUGGAAGAUCGCCAGUGACUGUUUCCGCUUUCAGGACUGGGCCAGUUAGCGAGGAUUGGCUACGGGAAGUGACCUCUCUCAUUCGACGUGUUAGCUGUCAGACAGCUGUUCUCCACACAUGGGAAAUGCUCGCUCUUCGUGUUGCAUCUGUCAUUAUGGAAGGUCUACAGAUGUUUCAGGGUUGAUCCCAAUGACCAUGGGUUUAGUAGUAAACAAUCUUAAAAUGU